AUUAUUUCUUAUCCAACAAAAUAGCACUUGAAUAUUAAUUUAUAGGCUAUUUUUUCCCCUUCCCUGUAAUAAAUGCUCCCUUAUUUAUUCCAACUCUCAGUUGAUAUUCCCAGUAGGAAAUCCAGUAGAAAUCCCUGAAGCCACAUAAAAUAUUUCCCUUCCCAUCGAAGAAAUACAACCCCCUCCCCCCAUCAUCUUCUUUCUUCUCUCAUAGUAACGAAACUUUACAAGGUAAUAAUUUCUCAUGAGAAAGUUCCCUCUACAAAGCAAAAAGUUCCAAGCUCAAUCUGACACAGAUUAACUUGUCAGAAAUCCAAUGUACUUACUUAAGGCCGCCUAUGGCCUCUUUAUCUUCUUCCAAAAAAAAACUCUUUACUACUCAUGGCAGUUGCUUGAAUGAAAGCACUUCCCUCAUUUCUACCUCUGUUUUUUAGCUCACAAUAGCUUUUUGAAACUAAAAGUACAGCAACUACAGUUUGUUUCUUACCAUUAAAGAGAUGUUACCAGCUUUUACUACUGUCCUCCUCCUUUGAAUUCUCUUCCUCCAUUCAAUUAUCUUUGUGAUGUUAGCCCCACCAUGGUUUCUGCAUUCUCUCAAAGCUUUUGAUAAGACUUAUGUGCAAAGAGAAUUAACCACAUUAGAAAAGGAGAAGGAAAGGAAGAAACCAUAGUUGACUGUGACCCUCUCAUCUUCUUUUUAGCUCUCGAGCCAUCUCUCUUCUCUCCUGCUCUUCUCCUCUUCAGCAUAAGCUACUGCUUCUUUGUUUCUCUUCAGAGAAUGGGGAGGCACUCUUGCUGCUAUAAGCAGAAGUUGAGGAAGGGCUUGUGGUCUCCUGAGGAGGAUGAGAAGCUCCUCAAGCAUAUCACAAAGUAUGGCCAUGGAUGCUGGAGCUCAGUGCCUAAGCUUGCAGGCCUGCAGAGAUGCGGGAAAAGCUGCAGGCUGCGGUGGAUUAACUAUCUGAGGCCUGAUUUGAAGAGAGGAACUUUCUCGCAGCAGGAGGAGAACCUCAUCAUUGAGCUUCACGGAAUUUUAGGAAACAGGUGGUCUCAGAUUGCAGCACAAUUGCCCGGAAGAACUGAUAACGAGAUAAAGAACUUGUGGAAUUCCUGCAUCAAGAAGAAGCUUAGGCAGAGAGGCAUAGACCCCAACACGCACAAGCCGUUCGCUGAAAUCGAAGGACAGCUCGCCGAAAUCGACUCCGCCGAUCAACCAGCUGCAGAACCAGAACCGGCGAAGCAUCUUGUGCAGCCACCGGAGACUGGUAUUCCAAAUAAUUCUGUAAGGCCAGCCAAUUCUUCAGCAGCCAGCUACUUCUCUCUUCCAAAUUUAACUUACAGCCCUGAUUGUGGAAGUAACAUUGGCCAAAUCCAGCAGUUUUGGUAUAAUCAAAGCGGCAAAAUUUUUAGCAACAACAACUCCAACUCUGAGUUCAGCUUUAAUUCCGCAUCUAGCUUACUCCCGUCUGUUCCCAGAUCCACUGUUUCAACUUCGAAGGAGCCGAAGCCUCUAACUUCUCUCCUAAUGGAGAAUUCUCCAUCAGGAUUCUACUGGGAGACAGGGAAUUCAAGCAACAGCAGCGCAAGCAGUGGGAGCAAUGAUCCCCUGUUCGACGGAAGCAUCUUUCAAUGGACCCAGCUGAUUCCAGAGAAAGAUACAAAUGUCCAGCUCCAGGAAGAAACUGAUGACCUCAAAUGGUCAGAAUAUCUUAAUGGCUCAGUUCCAUUAUCCACAGAACUUCAGAACCAGAAUCCUGACCUGUGUAAUGGAAUGAAAGCAGAAGAACAGUUUGGGAUUGAUGGUUUGGGUAUUUGGCUGCAGAAUCAUCAGCAACAGCAACAGCAGCAGCAGCAGGCUUCUGAUAAUUAUGGAAAGGACUGCCAGAGAGACAUAAUUUGUUAAAAAGAUUAUGACCAGCUAUUGAAGGUACUCUUUUUGAUAGAGCUUUCACUGAUUGCUUGAUUGCUUCUUGUAAGAAUCUGUCAGAUAUUCUUCUCAUAUAGAUAUAGGCCUCAGGACACAGAGAAAGCUCAAGCUUCUUUCUUCACCUUUUGGAUAAUGUUUGUGCAGAUUGACAAGCUUAGUCCACCUCUUCUCCAUGGGUGGAAAUCACUGAAGAAUAAAGCUUGUUUCACUAUCUCUACCUUUUCCACUUGUCUCUUUUAUUGUGCUUGCCGACUUUUAUUUGCUUCAGUGGACUAACUAAACCACUGGUUUCUUCUAAUACCACCCUCCCAAACUCCCUCGCUCUCUCUCUGUAACAGUUUGUGUUCAUCAUUUAGUUCAGUUUAUGCCAGACGGGUUCCUUUCUUUC